AUGAACAAACAAUUGUGUGAGGUAGAGUCUCUUUGCCUUGGUGAAAUAAGGAAAGGAAAUUCAGAAGUAGUGGAAAUGUAUUUUGGGCCUUAUAUCUCUUACAAUCCAUCUACAGAGAACAGCGCCUUUAUAAAAGCAUAUAUGCUUCUUUACCAUCUGUCUACAGGGACAAAGAAGAGGUUUUACACCACCAUUGAAACAGUGACGCCAACAGAGCUUGAGAAUCCAAGCAUCAAGCUUGUCAUCGAAGUGGAUAUGUGUAUGAACAUCGGUGCUGUUGAGCGAUUGAAGAAUGCUGUUGAAAGAAAUACCAUAAAAGAGUUUGAUCGGUUCUUGAGGGACAUUCUUGAGAGCCAGAUGAAGAUAAUGGAGUUUUCAGAGAGCUCCAAUGAAUCCAGCCUGGGGAUUCAAAGCCAAGAAGACAAGAAAGCCAUUGAAGAUGCAAUAUUCAUUGGAAGAAAUUCAUCUGCCAACUUUUAG